AUUUGAAUGCCGGGAGGCGGUCAUUGGUGAAUCAAGCUGUCUGCAGUAACGUCAGGAGAUUAGUGAAUCGCAGCUGGAAUGCGAGCUUGAUUCACAAAGGCAAGAGAGGGAGACAAAGCUACCGCGCAGAAGAUACGCACACCGGACUGCCACAUCCCGCACAGCCAUGAAGGGAGAGCAUUUAUUUGCCAACAUGAGAAGUUCUCCAUUCCUCCAGCGGGUUUACCUCCUAGGAGGAGAAGAGCUGGUAGUCCUGCAGUCCACCGUGGGGGAGUCCUCACUGGGAGACAGUUUCCAACAAAUCACCGACUUCAAUGAUCUCCCCAUGUCCCUCUUCGCCUGCAACGUCGACCAAUCAGUAUUUGAAGACCACGAGGGCAAGGAAAUGUUCGAGGCGCUCUUCCUUGCGUACGAUGAGGGUGUGACGUUCCAGCAGUUUAAGAGCUUCCGACGUGUACGGAUCAAUUUCAGUAACCCCAAAGCAGCAGCCAGCGCUAGAAUAGAGCUGCACGAGACACCUUUCAGAGGAAAGAAACUCAAACUCUACUUUGCCCAGGUGCAGAAACCAGCAUCCGAAGGAGACAAUUUGCACCUGGCUCCUCCCCAGCCUUCGAAACAGUUCCUCAUCUCCCCUCCUGGCUCACCUCCAGUCGGCUGGCAACAGAUUGACGAGACCACACCGGUUAUUAACUACGACCUGCUGUAUGCAGUUGCCAAGCUUGGCCCAGGUGAGAAGUUUGAGCUGCAUGCAGGCACGGAGUCUACGCCCAGCGUGGUGGUCCACGUCUGUGACAGUGACACGGAGGAGGAGGAGGAAUCAAAGAUCAACCCUAAACCAAAAAUCAUCCAGACCCGGCGCCCAGACCUGCCAGUCUCACACUGAACUCUACAGCUCCACACAGAGUCAGGAGGAUUUGACCCCUCCACCAUCUCCAUCACAGGAUCUCGGCCACCCUCCUUCAGAACCUUGUUAAACACACAACCAGGGUCUGAGGGACUCUGAUCUGUGUUUCUCGUUCAGCACACACAUGUAUACAAUCCUCAAUGUGCUGUCACAAGUUUUUUUUUUUUUUUUUUUUAUGUUGGCAAUACUCUGUGUUCAAUAUGGCCGCUCUCUGUCCCUCUUUCCCAAUCUGACUCUGUUGUAAUGUCAUCUGAUCACCAGUUAGAGGCAGCAUGUACCUGUCCCUGCUCUCACCUAUGUCUCUGAUUGGCUACUGGACCGUGGCACGUGAUGGUGUCAGAUGUGCCUAUUGGCUAAUAGCUGGCCAUUUGGCUUUGCUCUUGCACAGCAAAUAUGUAUCAUUUGUACCCAGCAAGCCAUUAAUAAUAGUAUGUUCUUCAUAAGGGCAUGCAAGCCACUAAAUGUGGCUAAACACCAGCGCUGCAUGUGGCACCCUUAAAAAGAUAUCUUGCCUAACAAAUUUCUGUCAAAUAAUCCUAGAAUGGCAAACAAUUUACUUGUGCAUAGCAAAAAAGUGCAGACUGCAGGAAUAGUUCCCUUCAGGCCAGUGCAUGUUCUGGUAGCAAAAUAUAUGUUUUUAUUUCCCGCUAUGUAUAAUUGUCUACAUGUCUCGCCGACAGUGUUCUUACAGAAAAACGAUGCUAUUCUGAACAAUAAGCUGAAAUUUUGUUCAUACCAUGCACCUUUCAAUGGAAACUAUGAGUUGCUCCCUCAAUAUGAAUCUUUUUUUGUCGUGCUUGGUCCCCAAUGCCCCUUGUUAGACGGAAACCUUAAAGAACUUUUUUUUCCCCAUUAGCUCCCAUUACAGUUUUGAUGACAUCAAUGGCUAAUCAGAUGUCAUUUAAUGAAGUCUGUAAUAUGCAUGGUUACUCGUUUCUAGAAUUUAUUGUAGUUGUCCAAAACCAUAGAUUUCCUCGUAGUUUGUGAGACUUCGUUCGCACGUCACUUCAUUUCUAAUCAUUUGAAAGAAAUCAUGUAUGAUGCUAUUGAGACAGAUCUUCCAAGUGCUAUUACACAGUGUGUAACAAAAAGCUAUUGUUAUGAGGGUGAUGCCGACCUUUCUUAUCCUAUUCAAUAUCUUUUUGGUGUGCUUAACUCAUUUACGGAUUAUAAAAAAAAAAAAAAAAAAAAACUGAUUUAUGUAUCCAUAGUACAUAACAUGAAGGCAUGCACAAACCA